CGCCUCUCUCACUCCACACUUCUCUCCUCAACUUUCUCUCUCUAAAAACUCAAUUCAAAACCUAACAGAUCCCUCUGCCUUCUUCCGAUCAUUCUCGAAAUCAUGGCAUCGCCGGCGCGUGACGAAAACGUCUACAUGGCCAAGCUCUCCGAGCAGGCCGAGCGUUACGAAGAGAUGGUUGAAUUCAUGGAGAAAGUUUCCGGCGCUCUCUCUGACUCCGAGGAACUCACCGUCGAGGAGCGAAACCUCCUCUCCGUCGCUUACAAGAAUGUCAUCGGUGCUCGCCGUGCUUCCUGGCGUAUCAUCUCUUCGAUUGAACAGAAGGAGGAGUCACGCGGUAAUGAGGAUCAUGUGUCUGUGAUUAAGAAUUACAGAUCGAAGAUCGAGAAGGAGCUUUCUGACAUUUGCGAUGGGAUCUUGAAGAUGCUUGAUAAGAAACUCGUUCCGUCUGCGUCAUCCGGUGAUUCGAAAGUGUUUUAUCUCAAGAUGAAGGGAGACUAUCAUCGUUACCUUGCUGAGUUUAAGACCGGCGGUGAACGUAAAGAGGCCGCCGAGAGCACCCUCAAUGCUUAUAAGGCAGCUCAGGAUAUCGCGAACACUGAACUUCCCCCAACACACCCAAUCCGUCUUGGACUGGCACUUAACUUCUCAGUGUUUUAUUAUGAGAUUUUAAACUCCCCAGAUCGCGCAUGCAAUCUUGCCAAACAGGCUUUUGAUGAAGCAAUUGCUGAGUUGGAUACAUUGGGCGAAGACUCGUACAAGGAUAGCACUUUGAUCAUGCAACUUCUUCGUGACAACCUUACUUUGUGGACAUCCGAUAUGCAGGAUGAGGGAGGUGAUGAAAUCAAGGAAGCAGGAGGAGCUGCCACCAAGCAAAGUGAGGAACAAAAGGAAUGAGAGAGAUUAUUUUUAUUAGCUUUUGAAAUUGGUGUUGUUUUCUUUGGUCUAGUUUUUACUUACUCAUUACUAUUCAAGUGUGGUUUUUUUGCCCAAUUAAUUUGCUCUCUUUAAGUUACUUUCAUUUCAUGCU